CCCACAAGGCGGCUGCAUGGCGCGUCACUGCGCUUACGUUCAAGUUCUGACGGUAGUCUCGCGUGAUGAGACUUCCGGCGUUGGGAUUUUCAGUAAGACAGGAGGAAAGGAGCAUUAACAGUUUAGCGGAAUCUGUAAGUAGCGAUACGAGACUGCGGGCAGUGUUGGGAAAAGCGGGACUGUUGGGCAGUAUGAAGGUUAUGUAAUUGAAAGAAGAUGCUGGCAUUCUAGCAGCCGCCAUCCCUCCCGAAGUCUGCAGUUCACUGACAGCAGGGGGCCCGGUAAUCUAAGUGCUGCUGGCACGAAGGGCAUCCUGCCCCAUGUCCUUUUAACAAAUGCUGCACGGAUCCUACACUCAUCUAGUGACAAGUGUUUUGCUAAUGAUCUUCAGGGGUGUACUCUGCAGAUCUCCAUUAUAGACCAGGAUGAGUUAGCUCAAAGUUAUUUUUUCUUUCUAAUGCUCCAGUCUGGAAUUUGCUUUCCAUCACACAGGCAGGCCCUGUGUUAUGUGCCAGCUUCCCUUCGUUUCAUAGCUGCAAAGCACCUAUAACAUGAGGUGUAGAAUAUACAAAAGGAAAGUGAUCAUUCUCACAUUGGUGGUGGUUGCUUGUGGCUUGGCUUUAUGGAGUAGUGGAAGACAAAAGAAAAAUGGUUUUGUUCCAGAAGUGGAAACUGACAGAUUUCAAAGCAAGGGGCACAUAUCCCCUGCAGCUAGAAAAGCGUCCAAUGAGUCACUCGCAAACAAAGAGCAGAAGGCAAAGGUUGAUAACAUGACACUGGCCUACAGAUCAGUAGUGUUCCAAUGGAAUUUUGACCAAGCUAUAAGAAAUGUAGAAAAAAUAAACAGGCCUCAGGAUGAUGUGGUUGUAGUAGUCCAGGUGCACAACAGGCCUGAAUUUUUGAAACGUCUCUUGGACUCACUUGGAAAAGCAAAGGGUAUUGAGAAUGUGCUGUUGGUGUUUAGCCAUGAUUACUGGUCCCCAGAAAUUAACCAGAUCAUUGCUAGUGUUGAUUUUUGUCAAGUUUUACAGAUUUUUUUCCCCUUCAGUAUUCAGCUUUAUCCCAACGAAUUUCCUGGACAUGAUCCUAAAGACUGUCCAAGAGACAUAAAGAAAAAAGAUGCAAUUGAACUGGGCUGUAUCAAUGCAGAAUAUCCAGACUCUUUCGGACAUUACAGAGAGGCUAAAUUCUCCCAAACAAAACAUCACUGGUGGUGGAAAUUGCAGUUUGUGUGGGAUAAGUUAAAGGUAUUAAAAGAGCAUCAUGGAUUGGUUUUGUUCAUUGAAGAAGAUCACUACUUGGCUCCAGAUUUUUACUACAUCCUUAACAAAAUGUGGCAAAAGAAAAAUGAAGAGUGCUCUGACUGUGACAUGCUAUGUCUUGGAACAUAUGCUCAAACACCAUUCGCUGACAAAGCUGGUAAAGUGGAAGUGAAAACGUGGAGAUCCACUGAGCAUAACAUGGGAAUGGCAAUGACCAGGGAAACUUACAAAAAACUUAUAUCUUGUUCUGAAACCUUCUGCACUUAUGAUGACUAUAACUGGGACUGGACUCUUCAGUAUUUAACUGUUAAUUGUCUUCCUAAGUUCUGGAAAGUUAUGGUCCCUGAGGUUCCCAGAAUUUACCAUAUAGGAGACUGUGGUAUGCACCAUAAUAAGCCUUGUAGACCCACUACAGAAAGUGCCAAACUUGAGGCUUUGUUUACAAGCAGCCAACAAGAGUUAUUUCCUGAGAAUAUAGCUAUUAGCAGGAGGUAUACAAUGGCUGCUUUAUCGCCCCAUGUUAAAAAUGGUGGAUGGGGUGAUAUAAGAGACCAUGAAUUGUGUAAAAGUUAUCAUAGGUUACAGUGAAACUGAACCUGGUGAACCUUUUUAAGUUUGUAAUAUUGCAUACUGUCUUUGCUGUUCCAGAAAACUAAGGGGAUUUAUGGAUUUUAUUAAGUUGAGCAAUUGUACAUGUCAAAAUUGUCAUAAUAGACAAUGCAUUUCAUUUGUGUGAAAUCUCUUAAGAAAGGCUGUUUUUGUCCAUUGUUUCUUACUAAUGAAAAAAUCAAGCAAUGUGCAUUAUGUUUAUCAAAUUCAUUUAGAAAAUAAAUGAUUUAAUUAUCUGAA